AUGGCACUCUUAGUAAAAUUUAAAAAACAAAGAGCACAAAUCAAAAAACAGGUUACGCGCAUAGAAACAUAUUUUGCAAAUCAUCCACAAGCAACAGCAAUCGAUGCACAAAUCAGGCUACAAAAACUGGAGGACUGUUUUCAAUCAUUCAAUACAAUUCAGAUAGAAAUAGAAGCAAUUUUAGCAAGUCAAAUACAAUCGGAUGGCAACGAGUCAGAUCUCAACGACGAAUGUGAAGGAGAACGAGAAUUAUUUGAAAACAGAUACUUUACAAUAGCAGCAAAAGCACAGUCAAUUAUAGCAGCUGCUAGCCAAACUCAAGAUGUAAGAAGAGCCAAUGGAGACCACGGCAAUAAUUAUGGUAGAGAUAGACCAGCAUUGAGGGCUAAGCUUCCGGAAAUGAAGCUAGUAGAAUUCGAUGGAGAUUACAAAACAUGGAUGAUAUUCAAAAAUCAUUUUGAAACUUCAAUACAUAAUGAAGUAGAGCUGGAGCCAAUCCAAAAGCAUCGGUAUUUAGUCGGAGCACUAAAGGGAGAAGCACGAGCAGUUGUAGAAAGGUUUGAAAUCUCAACUCCGGAAAAUUAUGAGCAUGCAUGGAAAUUGUUGAAGGACACCUACGACAAUCAAGUCAUGUUAAUAGAGAAUCACGUGGAUGCUUUACUUAAAAUGCCAUCAAUAAGUAAAGAAGACAAAGCAGGGUCUCUUCGAAAAUUAAUCUGGCAUAUUCAAACACAUAUGGCAUCAUUGAAAACACUCAAACAACCAGUCGAAAGUUGGGACACAUUAAUAAUACACAUGGCAAAGAAAGGUUUAGAUUUUAUAGAACAAAGAGAUUGGCAAAAUUAUAUAAAUGGUCGUGGGCCAGAGAAUAUGCCAAAACUAGAUGAAUUCAUCAAAUUUCUUAAUGAAAGAUGUCAAACACUAAGAGUGUUAAAUCAAAAUAAAACUGCAGCUUCGUCAACAAAGCCAUCACAACAUAAAGAUCACAAACAUGAGAGGAAAGUCACUUUGUCAUCGACCACACAGGUCUGUAAAUUCUGUAACGGCACACAUCCAUUCUUCAAGUGUGAAGCACUAUUAGCCUUUUCGCCAGAUGAAAGAAAAAGAGAAGUUAUAAAAAGAAAAUUAUGUAUCAAUUGUCUAGGGAAAGGUCAUAUUGGACAAGAUUGUAGAAGCUCAACAUGUAAGCAUUGUGGUGAUAAGCAUAACUCACUGCUUCAUAAAGAGUUUAAACAAGCAGCAGAUAAUCAAUCAAAUACAUCAUUAGUAAAGACAGCAGAUUCUUCGACACCUACAAGUGCAAGUACUUCAAUGGCGGUUUAUUGCAAUCAGAAGCCUCAGACCAGAGUAAUCUUGUCGACAGCUAAAAUAUACAUGAAAGAUGUUCAUGGAAAUUUAGUUAUUGGACGUGCUUUACUGGAUUCAGCUUCACAAUCAAAUAUUAUUACAGAAGAAUUGGCUCGCAAACUAAAAUUAUCAUUUAAAAAAGAAGACAGACUCAUCAGUGGCAUCAAUGAAAGUAGAUCAUCAGCUAAAAAGAAUAUGAGUAUUCAGAUCAAAGCAAUGUAUAGUGACUUCACAGCUGAUAUAGAAUGUUUGGUGCUACCAUCGAUAACAGAAGACAUACCACAAACUGAGGUAGAUUCUAGCAAAGUUAUCAUACCAAAAAAUGUAGCAUUAGCGGAUCCAGAGUUCGACAAGCCUGGGAAAAUUGACUUGCUUAUAGGAGCCGGUUUGUAUUGGAAAAUUAUUAUAGGAUUUCCACGAAAUAGAAUCAAGGGUCAACCAGCUUUACAAAAUACACAUCUAGGGUGGAUCAUUGGAGGAGACUUGAUAGAAAAUCAAGCAAGUCCUUCAUCAACUUGUCUCACAGUUACGAAUGACCAAUUGAGUCAACAAAUUGAAAAGUUUUGGAAAUUAGAACACAUGCCAGAAAUUCAAUAUUACACAAAAGAAGAAAAGUACUGUGAAAAAUAUUUUAAACAGACUACACAGAGAACCGAGACAGGAAGGUUUAUAGUUCGAUUGCCCUUAAGGUCAGAGGUUAUGUUAGGUAACUCAAGAGACAGAGCGCAGAAAAGAUUAGAGUCCAUGGAAAGAAGAUUUUUUAAAGAUCCAGAGUUGAAAUUAGGUUAUAGUGCAUUCAUGGAAGAAUACAAGCAAUGUGGCCAUAUGUCACUUGUGGAAGAUAUCAAGAAUUUUGAAGAUCAAGAAAUAUAUUUUAUACCUCAUCAAGCAGUUGUCCGCCCAGAGAGCGUGACAACUAAACUUAGAGUCGUAUUUGAUGCAUCUUCUAAAACAACAUUAGGUACGUCACUGAACGAUAAGUUAAUUCCGGGACCUAAUUUGCAGCAAGAUAUUUUUAAAAUUUUAAUCAAGUUCAGAACAUAUGAGUAUGCAUUAACAGCAGAUAUAUCUAAAAUGUUUAGGCAAAUAUUAAUUGAUCCAAGAGACAGAUCUUAUCAACUUAUUCUGUGGAGAACAGAUAAGAAUCGAAUCCCAAAGGUUUAUCAGUUAAACACAGUAACAUAUGGAACAGCCUGUGCUCCAUAUCAUGCCAUGAGAUGUCUGCGAGAACUCGCAAAUAUCUACAACAACGAAUUUCCUUUAGCAGCCAAAGUCGUGGAAGAAAAUUUUUACAUGGAUGACGUGUUGACAGGGUCAAGAACGAUAGAUAAUGCAAUACAACUGCAGAGACAACUUGCAAGUCUUCUUCAGAAGGGCCAAUUCCUAUUGAGGAAAUGGAGAUCUAAUGAAUCACAGAUAUUGAAAACCAUAAAACAACAAAAUGUAUCAGACGAAUUAUUAACAAUUGAUGGAGAAGAGUCUUUAAAAACUUUAGGUCUCUUAUGGAAUUCUGCAAAAGAUAUUUUCCAGUAUAAAACAAAUUUACCCAAAGGGUCAGUGACAACAAAACGAGAGGUAUUGUCCAAAAUAUCACAGAUUUUCGAUCCACUGGGUAUAGUUGCACCGAUUCUCAUAAAUGGGAAAAUAUUCAUGCAACAGUUAUGGUCACAAAACAUGUCAUGGGAUCAGCCUCUAUCGUCAGAACAGCUGUCGGUAUGGGAAGAUUAUCAUUUAUCGCUUUCGCAUCUAGGUGAUAUAAAAGUUCCAAGAAAUAUACAUCCAACUAAUCCGGAAGAGAAAUUUGACAUAUUUGGGUUUGGAGAUGCCUCAGAAAAAGCUUUUGGAGCAUGUCUAUAUGCAGUAAGUGUGAACAAACAAGGUAACCUCCAGUCCUAUCUCUUGUGUGCGAAAGCCAAGGUUGCCCCCCUGAAGGUCAUAUCAUUACCACGACUGGAAUUAGAGGCUGCUUUGUUACUCUCUCAACUGUACAAUGAGGUAAAAUCAUCAUGCGAAGAUAAAAUAAAGAAAGUUUCGUUUUGGAGUGACAGCACAAUUGUGUUGGGCUGGAUAAAAAUAGAACCCUACAAGCUUAAAACCUUUGUGGCCAAUAGAGUCACCAAAAUUCAAGAUUAUACUGAGUCAAUUGCUUGGAAACAUGUGCCUACAGAAAGUAAUCCAGAAGAUCUUCUGUCCAGAGGAACCUCGGUAGAGGAUUUAAAAAAUAGUAGCUUAUGGUGGUAUGGGCCAGAAUGGCUUAGAGAAAGAAAACAGCAACCAAAUCGUUCAGAAGACGCUGAAUCAGAUUUACCUGAAUUGAAAACAUCAGUAAUAACAUUAAUGUCAACCUUUUCCUCAGCAAUUAUUAAGAAAUACUCUUCAUAUUCAAAGUUGUGUAGAAUUGUAGCCUACUGUCACCGCUUCUGUCAAGCACUGUUGAGGCAAAGGUUAAGUGGUCCAUUAAAAGCAGAAGAGCUUGAGAAAGCUGAAAGAACGAUCAUGAGAUGGGUGCAGCAAGAGAAAUUUGAACCUGAGUUAAACUGUCUUAUACAUGGGAGAGAACUUCCGAAGAAAAGUAAACUACGUUCUUUGAAUGUCUUUUUAGAUGAAAAUAAAAUUAUCAGGGUUGGAGGAAGACUCCAACACGCAUUAAUCCCAGAUGAUCAGAAACAUCAAAUAAUAUUACCAGCCAAGCAUCAUGUUACAACUAUCAUUUUUAGAGAAGAACAUCAGAGGCUUCAGCAUUUCCCCUCAGAGCAACUGCUUUAUAAUAUUCGUCAGAAAUUUUGGUUAGUUAGUGGUCGCCGAGAGACUCAGAAAAUUGUACGGCACUGCUUAAAAUGUUUUCGUUUUAAACCCCAAAUUCCAGAAGUUCGUAUGGGUGACUUACCUCAGGAAAGGGUGAGAGGUUACGCUCGUACAUUUUCCUCAACAGGAGUGGACUACGCUGGCCCAUUCUCAGUUAGAGAGAGCAGACGUAGAGGGAAAAUCCCGAUCACAAAAGGCUACGUCGCGGUAUUUACUUGCUUCAAGACAAAGGCUGUUCACUUAGAAAUGGUUAGUGAAUUGACCACUGAAGCCUUUUUAGCAGCAUUGGAUAGGUUCACGGCACGACGAGGUUUAUGUAGGAAAAUGCACUCCGACAAUGGCACCAAUUUUGUCGGAGCUUCAAGACAUUUAAGUGAAGUUUUUGAAUUCUUGAAGAAAACUGAACCUGAGAUAACCGAAGCUUUGAGAAACAGAAAAAUUGAAUGGAAAUUUAACCCACCACGGUCCCCUCAUUUCGGAGGCCUUUGGGAGGCGGCGGUAAAGCUGGUCAAGAGACAUUUCUAUACUGUCACACAGGGUAGAUUUUUAACAUUUGAAGAAUAUUGUAUAGUACUUGCUAACAUUGAAGCAGUAUUGAACUCUAGACCUCUAACUCCACUGUCAAGUGAUCCUAAUGAUUUGGAGGUACUUACUCCAUCUCAUUUCUUAAUCGGAGAUGUGCUAGUACAACCUAUCCGACAUGAUUUUAAUAAUACUCCUGAUGGCCGACUAUCACGCUGGCAAUAUUUGCAAAAAUUGCAACAAGUUUUGUGGACUCGCUGGCAGCGAGAGUACUUACAAGAGCUCCAGAAGAGAGGUAAAUGGCAUACCUCUAAUCCUAAGGUUGAUAAGAAUGACAUGGUUCUACUUAUCGAAGACAAUACCUCGCCUUUACAUUGGCCUUUGGGUAGAGUGGUGGAGAUUCAUCCUGGUAAAGACGGUGAAGUGCGAGUAGUCACGGUGAGAACACACACAGGGCUGUAUAAAAGAGCUGUCUGCAAGAUAUGUCCUUUGCCACUUAGUGAGCAAGACGAAGAUUAA